AUGUUAGAUGAGGAGCAACAACCUAAUGAGUUUGAUCAACCUAGAUAUAAAAAGGAUACAAAAGAGGAAAAAAUGUUUGAAAAUUUGAUGAGAGAUGCUCAACAAACUUUAUACCCCGGGUGUAAUGAAUUCUCUAAAUUGUCAUUCAUUUUGAAGUUAUUCCAAAUCAAAUGUAUGGAUGGCAUGACUAAUAAAUCUUUUACUAGUAUGCUUCAUAUGUUCAAAAAUGCUUUGCCUAAAGGUGCUGAUUUGCCAUCAAAUUAUUAUGAAGCACGUAAGAUUAUUACUAAUCUUGGUUUCGAUUAUGAAAAAAUAGAAGCAUGUGAAAAUGAUUGUAUGCUAUUUUGGAAAGAGAAUGCUAACCUUGAAAAGUGUUCCAUAUGCGAUACUAAGCGUGAUAAAGCUUCUCCUAAAGUGUUACACUAUUUUCCACUAACUUCGAGGUUGCAAAGGCUAUUCAUGUCGUCCAAAACAGCAAAUGAGAUGAGGUGGCACUCUGAUAAACGAGAAGAUGAAGGAGUACUUAAACACCUAGCAGAUAAGACUCGUAACGUUAGGUUGGGUUUAGCAAGUGAUGGAUUCAAUCCAUUUGGCGGGCUUAGAAGUGACUAUAGUAUAUGGCCAGUACUGGUUGUUGUAUACAAUCUCCCUCCAUGGAUGUGUAUGAAACAACCUUACACAAUACUAUCUUUGUUAAUUCCAGGGAAAAGUGGACCGGGAAAUAACAUUGAUGUGUAUUUGCAACCAUUAAUCGAGGAGUUAAAAGAAUUGUGGGAAACUAGAGCUCAGACUUAUGAUGCUUCAAGGAAUGAGUACUUUCAAAUGCGUGCUUCAUUGUUAUGGACCAUAAAUGAUUUUCCUGCGUAUGCAAACUUAUGUGGGUGGUCUACCAAAGGAAAUAAAGCAUGUCCUCAUUAUAUGAAAGAAACUAGCUCUGCUUGGCUACCAAAUCAGGGGAAAUGUUGUUACAUGGACAAUCGUCAAUUUCUACCUACCGAUCAUAAAUGGAGAGAUAAUAAAUCCUUUAACGGGAAAGUAGAAAAAAGAGGUCCUCCUAGGAAAUUAUCUUCCAAUGAGAUUUUAGAACAACUAAAGGACCUUGAAGGCAUGAAAUUUGAUAUUGAUGGGAAGUCAAAAGACAAUCUAAAGGCUAGACAUGAUUUAAAGCAUUUGAAGGUUAUGAAACAUCUUGCUCCUACAUUAAGAGAUGGAAAGUGGCAUAUUCCUCCGGCACUAUACACCUUGUCUAAGGCACAAAAGGAAAAAGUUUGUAAGUUUUUAGAGAAUUUAAAGGUUCCAGAUGGAUAUUCUUCUAACAUUUCUAAAUGCAUAAACCUCGAUAAGCGUAAAAUUUACGGAAAUUUCACCAAAUGCCACUGA